UACCACGUGUCAUUAUACAAUUGGACAAUAAUCAUAUGGCGCUAGAGUGCUUUAGGGUUUCUCCAAUGUUCGUUUCCUUCAAACCACAGACUUCACCAAAGUGAGCAAAUGACUUCCCUGUUUCCCUUUCCUUGAAUUUUCCCACUUCCUUCUUCCAAACCAAUGUGACAUCAAAUCCCGGAAACCCAAAACCCCCAAAAAAGGUUUUUUUUUUUUUUUUUUUUAAACGAGAAAGCUUUGAGAUAUUAUGAAUAUGGAGGCAAGAGUUGGGGUGGUAGUUGAAGGAGGCCAAAGGGCUUUGAAUUCAGCCCACGGAGCUGUAGUAGAUGCCGGCACUAGAAAGUUCUUACAGCAGCAACAGCAACAGCAACAGCAACAUGGGCAUUCUUCAAAGCAGGGUUUGAAUCCGCAGAUUGGGACUAUUCAACAGCUUCUUGCUGGUGGUAUUGCUGGUGCUUUUAGCAAGACUUGUACAGCCCCUCUUGCUCGUCUCACCAUCUUAUUUCAGGUGCAAGGAAUGCACUCAGAUGUAUCAUCAGUGAGCAAGGCUAGCAUAUGGCGAGAGGCUUCACGCAUUAUUAAUGAAGAAGGGUUCAGAGCAUUUUGGAAAGGCAAUCUGGUUACCAUUGCACAUCGUCUACCCUAUUCUUCAGUCAACUUCUACGCCUAUGAACACUACAAGAGUUUGUUGCAAUCUAUUCUCGGCCUGGAAAAUGAAAGGAAAAAUGCCAGUGCUAAUCUAUGUGUGCACUUUGUAGGCGGUGGGUUGUCUGGAAUGACUGCUGCCUCUGCUACAUAUCCACUGGAUCUUGUAAGGACACGUCUUGCAGCACAGAGAAAUUCAAUAUACUAUAAAGGUAUUUGGCAUGCUUUUCAUACCAUUUGCAGGGAAGAGGGAUUUUUGGGCUUGUAUAAAGGACUUGGAGCAACAUUAUUGGGUGUUGGACCAAGUAUAGCAAUAAGCUUUUCAGUGUACGAGUCUUUGAGAUAUUAUUGGCAGUUGCAAAGGCCCAAUGAUUCCACUGUUAUGGUUAGUCUUGCCUGUGGCAGUCUCUCAGGCAUUGCAUCAUCAACAGCGACAUUUCCUAUCGAUCUAGUGAGGAGACGUAUGCAAUUAGAAGGGGCUGCUGGGCAAGCCCGUGUUUAUAAAACUGGGUUGGUUGGGACUUUCAGGCAUAUAAUCCAAUCUGAAGGCCUUCACGGCUUGUAUAGAGGGAUUCUGCCUGAGUACUACAAGGUGGUUCCUGGUGUAGGCAUCGUCUUCAUGACCUAUGAGACUUUGAAGAUGCUUCUAUCAAGCAUCCCUACCAGUUAUUAGCUUCAUCUCAGGCUUCCUUUUCUGGAAUAAAUUGUCUGUUACAGUCAGUCAUUCAGUUCUCAAGAUGCUGAGGAAACCCAAAAAAAAAGGGUAAAAAAGAAAGUGGUCAAUUAAAGAUAGAAGGUAGGUCAACAAAUUGUUCUUUCCGUGGUAUUAGCUGGGAAACCCUGGUGGUAAAUUUUGAGGUUCUGCCGUGGGUUAUUUUUUUAUUUAUAGGUAAUUAGCACUGUGACAGUGAGGAUAAUUAUAUCCACCAUCUAGUUUCAAUUUACUUAGGCCUUAACAUUCAGAGAAUUAGCAAUUAUAGAUGAUCAUGUCAUCAUCAUAGUUUUAUGUGACUUUUUUGUUACCUGCGUCGGUGCUUGUCAGGCUGGCUGCCAGUGUUCAAUUCCUUUGUAUUGGCAGCGAUAUUAAAUUACAAACGAUGGUUAUUGACGAAAAGCUAUGCUUGAUUAAUUUCCAUGUAUGGAAAAUGAAAUGAAAUUAAAUGGCGUUGGUUGAAGUUAUCAACUUUUUGCUAAGAGCUAAGAUCAAUCUCUCAGUUUUUAUGCAAAGGCAAUUGUUAAUAGGUCACAAAUUUGUUCUUGUUUCGCUGAAAUAUUUGCAAUCUAAUAGCAGUUUCGAUUGGUCAUAGCACAAAUAGGAAAGAGGGAAAAAUAACAUGAAAAAAGAAGACAAGACACUACCGAUCUUCAUUCUCCAAGCAGCAGUGAACUCAUGUUCGAAUAUGUAUUACCCUGUUCCAACUGUAAGCUUUUGAGAUCAAGGAAAGGGAUGUUCA